CGGCUCCGCAGGAAGCGCCGCCCGCGCUCCUUCCUCCUCCCGCCUCUUUCUCCUCCUCCUCCGCCCGCCUGCGGCGGUGGCGGCGGCUCGGCGAUGCAGCAGCACUUUUCCCUGGCUGAGUGCGACGUGGUGGGCUUCGACCUGGACCACACGCUCUGCCGGUACCACCUCCCGCAGAGCGCACGGCUAAUAUAUGAUAGUUUUGCCCAGUAUCUGGUAACAGAGAAGGGUUAUGAUGAAGAUUUGCUGACUCUAGCUCCAGACAGCUUAGAUUUCUGUUGCAAAGGCUUGGUGUUGGACAUUGAAGAAGGAAACUUCUUGAAACUUGCAGAAGAUGGAACAGUUUUAAGGGCAAGCCAUGGUACAAAGAGCAUGACAUCUGAAGAGGUCCUGGAGAUAUAUGGAAGGAAGGAGUGGAAGCAUUUUAAUACAGUCAGUGGAAUGGUUUCACGCACAGCUAAAUACUAUUUGUAUGAUAAUUAUUUUGACCUGCCAGGAGCUCUCUUGUGUGCAAGGGUUGUGGACAGCUUAGAUCAGCAUGAUGGUCAGAAAAAAUAUGACUUCUGGAAGGACAUGGUGGCUGCUAUCCAACAUAAUUAUAAAAUAUCAGCUUUUAAAGAAGACUGUGGGAUGUAUUUCCCAGAAGUGAAAAAUCACCCAGACAAAUAUUUACAAAGAUGUCCCGAGUCUUUAAAAAAGUGGCUGAAACAACUGAAGAAUGCUGGGAAGAUUCUGCUGUUAAUUACCAGUUCUCACAGUGACUACUGCAGGCUUCUGUGUGAACAUGUUCUUGGGAAUGAUUUUGAAGAGUAUUUUGACAUUUUGAUCACAAAUGCUUUGAAACCUGGUUUCUUCUCCCAUACACCAAAUCAAAGACCUUUCCGAACUCUUGAAAAUGACGAGGAGCAGGAGGCUCUGCUGUCACUGGACAAGCCUGGUUGGUAUUCCCAAGGUAAUGCUAUCCAGCUUUAUGAUCUACUGAAGAAGAUGACUGGCAAGUUGGACCCCAAGGUUGUUUAUUUUGGUGACAGUAUGCACUCAGAUAUUUUCCCAGCUCAUCACUAUAGCAACUGGGAAACUGUCUUCAUCUUAGAGGAGCUUCUAGGGGACAAAGGUAUAGUGCCUGCAAAGGCUGAAUCUGAGCCACUGGAGAAGAAAGGAAAAUAUGAGGGAGAUCAGCUCAAAGUUCCUUACUUUGUAUCUAAACAGUGGGGCUCUUUCUUCAUGGACAGAUUGCCAGGCCUGGAAAAUGCAGAGGAGACCUUAGUUCACACGUGGUCCUGUAAAUGUAUUAGCACCUACAGCACUAUUGCAAUCCCUAGUCUGGAAGCAAUAGCAGAUUUACCACUGGAUUAUAGAUUUACACGAUUUUCCUCAAAUAGUUCAGCAACUGCUGGGUACUACCCAAGCCCUCCAAGAGCACUGCUGCCAAAUGAGGACUCAGUGAUGACAAAAUAGGUUCUCAGCUUUUUCCUUAGAUAACCCUGUGACCCUUACUUAAACUGCUAUCAAAUGCUAAUUGCUGAAAAUGCUGUGUGAUGCUUCAUAAAAUAGAGUGAUGGAUUAAAGCAGACUCCUGUGUAGAUUUGUGUUUCACUUGUUUCUCUAGUCCAGCUGGAACAGGUGAGUGAUGCAUCCUUCUCUCUAAGUCUUCUGAUCACCACUACCUUUCACAAAGUGCUGUUGGCUUUUUCCAUGCACUGCCCACAGCCUUCAGGAGAAAUGUAAGAGUAAAAGCUCAUCCUGAGUUACGUUCUACAUUUUUGAGGACAUUUUAGGUUCUCUCCCUCAGCCAUAUUUCAAUUAACAGUUGCCUUGGGCAGCCCAGGUUAUCACCAUACACCAAUGUUUUGCAAGCUCUGAGGAAUUAAAUCUCCUGCUGUUCUUGGAGCGAAAGAAAGUCUGAGUCCCAAAGAGAAAGAUCAUCAUACUCAGAGAGAGAUUUGAAUGGGAUUUAGGCAACUACAUGCAGACUGAUAAUUCAAAAAGCCUUUAUCAUACUUGGUAUUCCUGAAAAUGCCUGACCACUCUUCAGCCAUAAGGUUCCCUAUAUGCCUUUUCCUCUUUUAGCCUGCAAUACCUCAAGCAUCAGAGCUCUUCUGCAGAAGGAGGGAAACCUGCCUACAUUUCCCUUCUCUGAUGGAGUGGAUUCAAACCUGCAUUCUCCACCUCCCUGGGAAAACCUCCCAAGGGCAGGAAAGCUGUAGCAAUCAGCCAUCUUUGCUAAUUACAGCCUCAGCCAGAAGGGGAGCAAGACUCAAGGCAUGAACUGAACAAAUGUGAUUCUUACCUGCUUAUUUAAACAAACAGGAUCCUCUUCUCUGUGGAUUUAGGUUCAAAGACCUGUUCUCCAGCACUUAGGACAGGAAGAACUCAGUAACUAACACAGAUAGCAGAUGCAAAAAGAUGUCAAAUAUUUGUUUAGUCAGCAGUUUUGCCACACUAGGAUAGUAGAUUUUUGGAUAAACUGCCCUCAAAAUUUAAAGAACAAUAAGCAGAAACUUAAUUUUCUUGUUUCCAAGGAAGAGAACUCACUUUGUUAGGCCUGAAUAAUUACCAGAAUGGAUUUAGCUUGUGUCGCCACAGCUCACUCUGUAUCUUUGUGGCUUCACUGGCUAAAAUAUUCUCUGUCAGAAUCAGACACAAACACUUUUCCAACUCAUUUCAAAGAUACUGGCCUCUGUCUGCAUAUUUUUUUCUGCCUUUACAUAACAUGUUAUUUUUAUAUUCUUGUGGACCACUAUACUUGCAAGAAAUAAACAACAUUUCCAAAUAGCAAACAACAUUUCCAAAUAGCAUUAAGCAUUGGUUUGUUGAAAGGGAAGCAUAAAACAAACAGGGACAAAACGGAGAAAAACUUCCUUUAAGAUAAGGUGAAUGAGGAAUGAAAAUGAAAGCACCAUUCACCUCAUAAAAUACAGGGUGAAAAUAUUUUACUUAAGAUGAUAACAGUUAGCAAAAUUUGAGUUUAUUUGGAAAUCUUUUAAUUAGCAUCAAUGUCUUCAGCAGUAAAUCUGGCUCAUGACAGUGCUGUGAGAGCACUGAGAGAGAUACCCAGAUUAAAAUCUCAGAUUCCUGAUUACAGCAUAUUUGAAAUUCUAGCCUGGAUCAAGUAAUCUUCUGCAAAUAAUUUCUAACUAAGUUAUGGUGCAAACCCAUAUUGUGUACCCUCACACUUCUGUUGUUAUGAAUUUGGAACUGAUUUUUUUAGGUUGGGGAUUUUUUCCUUGAUUUUUAAAAGAAGAUUAAUUUAAUUGCUAUGGAAAAUCAGGCUAAAAAUCUUCUAAGUCCUUGGGUCCUGGUGUCUCAGUGGAGAAGCAAUAUUUUUUUUAAUGGAAAGGUGGCAGAUUCUAAGGACAGCCUGAA